GGGUGGGAUAGACUGUCCAGCGCUGCUGGCUGUCCGGAAGGAUCCGGGGCUGUCAGCUCGCGUCUUGCUCUGUGCCUGCCACCCCGCCGCGCGCACCAUGGCCGCCCCUCCGCAGCUGCAGACUCUUUUGCUUGCGGUCAACGCACUGUUGCGCAAACGCCGCUACCACGCUGUGUUGGCUAUGCUUAAGGGCUUCCGGAACGGGGCAGUCUAUGGAGCCAAAAUCCGGGCCCCUCACGCACUGGUCAUGACCUUUCUCUUCCGGAGUGGCAGGUACCCAUCCCCUCGGCACACCCCUCAAACUAGGAGAGAGUGUGGUCAGCUCUCAGUGCCAGGACUGUUGCGCCUCCAGGAGAAGCUGCGCGCCAUCCUACAGGCCACGUACACCCACUCCCGGAACCUGGCCAGCUUUGUGUUCACCUACAAGGGACUUUGUGCCCUGCAGUCCCACCUGCAGGGGGAGACCUACCAGGUGCACUCAUUCCUGGCUGCCUUCAUCGGGGGCUUGCUGGUAUUUGGAAACAACAGUACCAUCAACAGCCAGAUCAACAUGUACCUGAUGUCACGCAUCCUGUUUGCCCUGUGCCGCCUGGGCGUGGAGAAGGGCUACAUCCCUGAGCCCAGGUGGGAACCAUCCCGGUUGUUCAACGGGCUGGUGUGGGGGCUGGUGCUGUGGCUCUUCGAGUACCACCGGCCCACGCUGCAGCCCUCGCUGCAGUCCUCCAUGACCUACCUGUAUGAGGACAGCAACGUGUGGCACGACAUCUCAGACUUCCUCAUCUACAACAAGAGCCGCCCCUCCAAGUAACGCAGCCCCCAGGUGCUCAUGGAGACCCCCACACCCGAGUUGGCGCUGGAUGGUGUCCAGCCGUGCCUUGAGAUUGGCUCCAUCAGCAAAUCAUCCCAGAGGAGCCUGCCUUUUCUAGAUCUGGCAUCUCAGACUCUAACUUUUAUUAGCCCAGGGUUCCUUUUGCCAAAGCAAAAGCACUGAUUUUCAGAUCCCAUUAGGUACUCUUGACUGGUGGAACACAGCAGAAUCGGGCUGAGGAGCCUUGGGUGUGAUGAUAGCUGGGCUGCUGAUUGUGUGAGACCAGGGAAAGUCACACCCCAGCCUGGGCCUCGGGGGUCAUCCAGCUCAGAGGAGGGCACUGCCAUCUCUUCUGGUGGGUAUGUUCUUUGACUGUUCUUAUGUAACAGAGGGGCUCCUGGCUGGUGGGCAGUGGGUUGCAAAUGUGUUCUUAGAAACUACUCAGUUCCUUGUCUUAGAUGUUCUGUUAGAAAAGCUCUAGACUUUACACUGUCCAGUUGAAACACAAUGUGAGUCGUAUAUGUGACUGAAAUAUUUUUGUGGCCACAUUUUUUAAAAAGUGGAAAGAGGCAGGUGAGAUUAAGUUGAAUUUUAUCUUUUAACCUAAUUUUUCUAAAAUAUCAUUUCAACAUGUAAUAAAUAUAAAAAUUAAUGAGAUUUUUACGUUCUCUUUUUCUUGUACUAGGUCAUCCAACUCAGGUGUGUGUUUUACACUUACAGCGUUUCUCAGUUUGGAUCAGCUACAUUUCAAGUGCUCAGUAGCCACGUGUGGCUAGUGGCUACAGUAGUGGACCACACAGAUAUACAACACUAUAUCCUCACAGAAAAUUCUAGUGGACAGUGCAGAUAUAGAGCCAGAGGACAUGGGUGUGAGUCCCCACUCCACCACUGUGUAACCUUGGGGAAGGUUCUUAACCUCUUAGAGCCUCAGUUUUUAGUAAAGUGAGGAUAAUCGUAAUAGUACGUGGUGUCCACACUGGACUUGUGUAACUACGACAGCUGCUUGUGCUACUAAUUACUUUCAUAUAGUGAGUUCUUACUCCUCCUGGGUGCUUUGCACAAAAUAUUUUUAAUCCAUACAGUGACUUUGCAGGUAUGUGUUUUGAUCCCCAUUUCACAGAUGUGGAAACUGAGGAUCAGAGAGGAGAAGUAACUUGCCCAAGGUAACAUAGCUAGAGUGAUAGCCAAAUGCGGGUUUGAACUGAGAUCUAUGUGAUUUCAAAGUUCAUGUUUUUUUUUUCAGUGCCUUACUUUAAAUUUAGAAAGCUAAGUUAUGCUAUGCAAAUGUUAGCUAGUUAUAGGGGUGCAAACUCAAAUGCCUACAGGGACCUGGCAAGUGGCAUAAAUGAUAAUGUUCUGGGUGCUAUGUGGUAGGGAGUGAUGGAGAUGUGGUGAACUGGAGACUUGUGUGUCAGACUGAUUGUUUAAAACCACCAAGCUGGACAAAUCAAUCCAGUCUCCAGGGGAUUUGGUCCACAGACCACCAAUUUGAGACCCUUGGUCUAGUAGGAAUACUUCAAUCUCUUUUUGUAUUUUGGAAGUUACUAGUAGAAAUAUCCACAUGAGUCACUGGAGAUCUUAUUAAAAUGCAAAUUCUGAUUCAAUGGAUUUGGGGUAGGGCCUGAGAUUCUGCAUUUCUCACAGGCUCCCGGAUGCUGCUGCUGCUGCUGUUCUGAGCUACACCUUGAGUAACAAGGCCAUAGGGAUGAUACAGGGCUAGCGUGUAUCCCAUGUGACAAAUGAGAAAACUAAGUCACAGAGCUAUUAGGUCAUCGAAAUGGGAUUUGGUCUGAUUCUAACUGCUGUGUUUUGAGCCACCAUGUUGUACUGUAAGCUUGGAGGGGGUGAUCUUGAAGGUCCCUUAGUUCAGUCUGUGGAGGCUGAAUGAGGUCCCAAGGUAAUUGGGAAGGGGGAGGGGGUCCAUCAGCACGUGGGUUUUAUAGCAGCCGCUGGGGUGCCCCACCCACAUCCUGUCUACCUUACCCUUUCAGUGCACACCAGCCUCCCAACUGCCUCCCUGUGUCUUUCCGCCUAAGGGCUCCUCACUUGCUCUUGGCACCUGCUUUGCCAGCCUGCACCAGACCUGCAGUGCUGGAGGAUGAACACAUUCUGGGAGCAGCCCUCAACCAGAGACAUGAGUAGCUCCACUCCUGCACCCCUCACCAAGCUGUCACUGGCACCCAGAGCACCCCUCUGGAAGCCCUCAGGCAGGACUGAGCUCUAGUUGCCCACAGUGGUCACUUACUUGAUAACACCUCCUCCCCUGUCUCCCUUCCUCAUGCCCCUGAUAGUGCUUCCUGGGACCAUUUCCCACUCAAAACCUUGUCUUGGGGUCUGCUAUUGUGGGAAUCCAAACUAAAAUUGGCCUCUGGUACAGCGGGUUGAGAGGCAGCAUAAUAUGGUGGUCAAGGACAUAGGCUUUGGAGCCAGAGUGUCCGGGUUCAGCCCUGGCCCCAUUGUUUCUUUGGGAAAGUGACUUAACCAUCCUGUGCCUCUGUUUUGUCAUCUGUAAAAUAGGCAUUUUAAUAGCACACACCUCAUGGGUUGCCUGGAGAAUUAAAUGAUACGAUGCCUUUAAAGUAA